AGAAACCUCAAAAGCCUGGACAGGGUCAGCAUCCUGAAGCCAGCUGCUUUUGGCAGCUUCCUUUCUGGUCAGGCCUAACCUCUGUACAGCUCUGAGUGCACCGCUGACAACCACGGCUGCAGCACAGAGCACGGGAUGGAGCCCCGACGGCCAGGGGCUGCAGCAACCGCUUUCCACCAAUGCUGGCCAGCCCAGCUGCUGCUGCUGUGGCUCUCAACCCUGAGCUGUUCUUUCUCCUUGCCAGCUUCUCUCCCUCCUUCUCUGGUACCCCGAGUCAGAAGCAGCUACACUCUGGGAAAGACAUUCCUCGGUCUUGAUAAAUGCAAUGCCUGCAUCGGGACAUCCAUUUGUAAGAAGUUCUUUAAAGAAGAAAUAAGGUUUGACAGCUCACUGGCUUCCCACCUAGGACUACCUCUUCAGGACUUGCCUUCUUAUGCUGCAAAUUACUCAGAUGACUCUAAAACCUGGCGCCCUGUGGAGAUUUCUCGACUGGUCAGCAAGUACGAAAGUGAGAUAUCUGACAGGAGGAUCUGUGCCUCUGCAUCAGCACCAAAGACCUGCAGCAUUGAGCGCAUCCUUCGGAAAACAGGGAGGUUCCAGAAAUGGCUGCAGGCCAAGCGCCUUACACCUGACUUGGUGCAGGGCCUACCCAGUCCCUUCCUGCGCUGCCCUUCGCAAAGACUCUUGGACCGUGUGGUUCGACGCUAUGCUGAAGUAGUCGAUGCUGGCAGCAUCUUCAUGGACCACUUCACUGACCGUGACAAGCUGCGUCUCCUCUACACAUUGGCUGUCAAUACACACCCCAUCAUCCUGCAGAUCUUUCCCGGAGCAGAGGGCUGGCCGAUGCCCAAGUACCUGGGCUCCUGUGGUAGAUUCCUGGUUAGUACCAGCACCAGACCGCUGCAAGAAUUUUAUGAUGCCCCUCCAGAGCAAGCUGCUGACCUUGCCUACCAACUCCUUGGGGUCUUGGAGUCCCUGAGGAGCAAUGAUUUGAACUAUUUCUUCUACUUCACCCAUGUUGAUGCAGGCAUGUUUGGCAUCUUUGACAAUGGGCAUCUGUUCAUCCGGGAUGCCAGUGCACUAGGCAUCAUCGACAAGCAGGAAGGCAGCCAAGCAACUGCCAGGACUGGAGAAAAUGAAGACAUUUUUAGCUGCCUGGUUUCUGGCUGCCAGGUCCAGCUGUCCUCCUGUGACACUGUCCCUGAGAAGCAAAGCCUUGUGCUGGUGUGUCAGCAGUUGCUGCCUCAACUUCUCCAGGGAAAGUUUCCCUCCCCUGUGCAAAAGGAGAUAGACUCCACCCUCAGCCUGUGUAGCAAGGAUGCCAGCACAGACCUAGAAGUUUUGGGGGCCACCAGUCAGCUGAAGGACAUCUUGAGAUCUCUGAGAACCUGUGAUCCUAGAUUUGCCUACCGCUACCCAGACUGCAAGUAUAAUGACAGAUUCUGAGUGGCUGAAGGGACAAUCUACAAGCGCUUCCAUGGCCCUGAUGAAUGACUGCCAAAUUGUAAGAAGCAAUUGCAUUUUGAAUAUUUAAGUACAUUGAUUUCCUAAGAAACACAGAAAACUAGAGGGAGAAACUCUUGACACUGUUUGAUUGAUGUCACUGGCUAGGACACCAUGGCGGAGUCAGGAGGUGGGCACAGGUGUGAACCCUCAAUAUCUUUGAACCUCCAUUUUCUAUAUGUUUUACCAGAUUUUCACAAGUUUAAAGAAAACAGAGGUGUAAGGGCCCAGGAACACAGUUGUGACCCACAAAGCAUGUUCCAGAAGCACACACAGAUAGGGUAAGUGAGAAAGUCCCAUGUGUUGGGAGGCUGGUGUAGGUAGAAGGCAAAGGGAAGGCAGGGCUUUGGGCCAUUGGGACUCAAGUCCCCCAUUCCUACUCUUCUGCAUCUGUGAGGAGAAGAAAUUAUAAGCCAAAAAGAUGUCCUCACCCACCAGCUCCUGAACUCUCUGGGCAGCUGGGACUCCUUAUGCAUGUGCAGAAGUCACCUCAGGGUGUGGAAAAGAGCCAAGGGUAAGAAGAGAAGGGGGACAACUGGGGCCAUUAUACUUACUUAGGUCCUCUAAAAGCAAGGGUCAAAACCCAAUUACCUGAGAUUUCUUAGAGGAUAUGUAUACAGGGAAGGCAGAUGGAGGGAAACAGGCAAAGACUGAAAGGCCAACUCAUGCUACAGUCUGACCAUCAGCAAAAGGUAGGCAAUGCAGGAAAGACUGUCUGGGCAUCUACAAAACCAAGACUGAGUCAUACACCAAAGGAGCCCCAUAUCCCCCAUGAAUAGAUCCAAUUUAGUAUCCAGCUGUGCUCAGGGCUAGCCAGAAUAGGCUGUGGCAAGUGUGACUGCAGCUAAGUUGCAAAAACAUAUUUCAGAGCACAGCAGCCUGUGGGGCAUUGAACAGGUUCCAUUGCUCACUGUAGCUGCAGCCUGGGACCAGGGCCUGCUCUCUUUGCACCACUCGAGGAGAC